CACACUCCUGACAAUUCCUUUCUGGGUUUCGUUGUUGAGCAGGGAUCCAAAACAGUAGGAAACUUUAAACCAGUCAACGGAAAACCGAUUGCCCUUAUUUACGCCAAAAAGAACUACAUGUUGGAGCCCGUUGAAGUAAAGAAGUUUAUCAGGGUCUUGACAGAGUACUUUGAGGUUCAUGCUACUAUUGCCGACGCAACUAGUGCCCUGCCGAAGACAAUCAGAAAUCACGGACUUCUCGCAGGGGCCGCCUACAUGGAAAUCUUGCGCAGUUCUAAGUUGCAGCUCUCGUUACACCUCUGUUACGUAGACCACAAGCACUCUGCUGGCGAAUUUUUGAAUGCUGCCUUUGGCGCAUAA